CCGCCCUAUCCCCAAAGGGCUCGGGGCGGUGUACAGAUAAAACAUCAGCUAAAAACAUACAUAUAAUUAAAACAACAGUCAUAUCUUAUGUUCUUUUGGCAUCAGCAGGGCAGUGGCCUUUCAGGCUCCAGUGCCCAUUUGAGGACAAAUAAGACACAAUGUACACCCUGUCAUAGUUCUUUGCUUGUAAACAGUUCCACACCAAGUCAACCAUCCAGUUCUGGCUGUCCUGUAUUUCUGAUUGCAGCCAUUCUGAGUACAUUCUGCACCUUUCAUUGCAUACCAUUACUUUUGAAGCCAACCUGGAAACUUGCAGGUGGUCCAGAAUGCAUCAGCUAGAUGAGCUGGUAGAGACGCAUGUUGCCCAUUUUAAUAAUUUUAUUCAUAGUUCAAAUCAAGGUGCUGGUUAUAAUCUUUGAAGCACUUGGUGUCCAGGAGCCCACAGUCUGUCUUCAGAGUACCAACUAGAUUCUCCAGGCUGCCACCUGCUGGCUGUCCCCCCGCCCCCCCCCCCCCCUGGACUUGGUGGCCCGCCUGGCGUCAACCAGAGCCUGGACCUUUUCCUCUGUAGCUUCUGUUUUGUGGAGUGGGCUCCCUUGAUGAGAUGAACAAGAAUCACUGUAAGUCUUGUCUGUUUGCCAGGAUUUAAUGGCUGUUGAAUUGGGGGGGGGGGUGAGAAGGGGAGUUGUUUCCUUUUUAAAAAAUGUGGUUUUGUAGCAUUAAAUUCUUUUUGUACACUGUCUUGAGCUGAAAGGCAAGACUGGCAUUAAAUGUCAUAACAAAUAUCAGUGGAGAAGCUGGCUGAGCUGCUGCUAAUUUGGAGCUCACCAUUGUAGCCUCUCCAGGUACCCUGGUUAGAACUGGAGAUUUCCCAAGGACAGAAUGGGAGGUUUUAUUUUUUGAAAUAAGCAAAAAUAGACUUCUCUAACUAGAUUGGAUGUCACAGAAGAAAGGGGAUCCCCUCCCCCAAUUUAUUUGCAGUAUAAACAAAAAGGUGAAUGCAAGCAUAAUCCAACACAGUAGACAAUCUUUCUAAACGGUGCCAAGCAAAUGUUUCUGUCAUCUUCCCAAGCAGCCUAUGGAUAGAAGUUCUCCUUUGCAACUGGUAUGUGAAAAUAUACAGCCUUUGAACAUGGAGGUUCCAUUUAAUACCACAAUAAUGCCUGCAAAUCCCACUCACAACAGGCAGAAACCUAAGCAAACAUACUUGCUGCCAUUGCAUUAAUUUAUACAGGAAAAACUGAAACUGUUGGGUUUCUAGCUGUAAAUAAAACGGGGGGGGGGGGAGUCGGUGGUAAACCACUACAGGGCGUUUCUCCUCUGAAGGGGUGGAGAAAAGAAGGGAGGGCUUCUCUGGGAACGCGUUUUGCUCCGCGGCAAGAGGUGCCCCUCUUGCUUCUCCGGCUGGAGCCUCCUGCCGCCCACCUGAGCUGCCGCGUCCUCUGCCCCUCAAGCAAGCGAUGGGGUUGCUGGGCAGCUGCUGCCCGGGGAUUAGCAGCAGCUCCUUCCCCCUCCCUGCCUGCCUUCAUGUUUAAAUAAUACGGCCGUGACGCAGCGCUGUCUGGCGAGGGUAGGGAGGGCCCGGCUUCCAGCUGGCAUCUGCCGGAGGCUCGGCGACCCGACAGGUAUUUAAGCAGAAGACUGAGGAGAGAGUGUUUUGUCCUCUAUUGUUCGUGUUGAAGGCAAGGCACCCCACCUUCCUUCCAAGAUGGUGAGCCGGCUGCCUCGCCCAGCUGACCUGACCCGCUUCUGCCAGAAACUUAAUCGAGUGAAGACACUGGAGGAUGACAUGAUGGAGACCUCCUUCAACCGAUGCCUGAAUACUUUUGACUUGACACUGCUAGGCAUUGGGGGUAUGGUGGGUUCGGGCUUGUAUGUGCUCACUGGCACCGUUGCCAAGGAGACUGCGGGACCUGCCAUCGUUAUCUCCUUUAUCAUUGCUGCCUUUGCCUCACUGCUGGCUGCUCUCUGCUAUGCCGAGUUUGGGGCUCGCGUGCCCAAGACAGGCUCUGCAUACAUGUUCACAUACAUCUCAGUAGGCGAGAUCUGGGCCUUCCUGAUUGGCUGGAAUGUCAUUCUUGAGUACAUGAUAGGUGGGGCCGCUGUCGCCAGAGCAUGGAGUGGCUACCUGGAUUCUAUCUUUGAUCACAAAAUCAAGAACUUUACUGAGAUCCAUGUUGGCACUUGGAAUAUCCCAUUCCUGGCACAUUACCCAGACUUCUUGGCCUCCGUCAUUCUGCUCAUAGCAACAGCCUUCAUCUCCUUUGGGGCUCGAGUCUCAUCCUGGCUCAACCAUGUCUUCUCUGCCAUCAGCAUGGGGAUCAUCGUCUUCAUCAUUGUGAUGGGAUUCAUCCUGGCUAGGCCCCAAAACUGGGGGGCAGAGGAGGGGGGAUUUGCCCCCUUUGGUAUCUCAGGGAUCAUGGCUGGGACAGCCACAUGCUUUUAUGCCUUUGUGGGCUUUGAUGUUAUAGCUGCAUCUAGCGAGGAGGCCAGAAACCCUCAAAAAGCUGUUCCCACAGCUAUUGCCAUCUCACUGGGCCUUGCCACAGGGGCCUACGUCCUGGUUUCCGUGGUGUUGACUCUGAUGGUGCCUUGGCACUCCUUGGACCCCGAGUCUGCCCUUGCUGAUGCCUUUUUUCGAAGGGGUUACUCUUGGGCUGGCUUCAUUGUGGCUGCUGGAUCCAUUUGUGCAAUGAACACUGUUCUCCUCAGCAACCUCUUCUCUCUCCCACGAAUUGUCUAUGCCAUGGCAGAGGAUGGACUCUUUUUCCAUGUGUUCUCCCGUGUACACCCCCACACACAGGUCCCUGUGGUGGCCAUCUUGGUGUUUGGCAUUCUCAUGUCCAUUCUGGCCCUCAUUUUUGACUUGGAGGCCCUAGUCCAGUUCCUGUCCAUUGGCACCCUCUUGGCCUACACCUUUGUAGCAGCCAGCGUCAUUGUUCUGCGCUUCCAGCGGACAAGGUCCCAGGCUCCAAACCCACCUUCAGAGGCUGAGAAUACUCCGCCACCAUCUGCAGAGACUAUUGAUGCGAGCGAACUAAAAGAAUAUGAAUCUUUCUCUGACAAGCUGAACUUGGUAGACAAGAAAAAACUCAAAAGCCAGCGGGAACCGGGGCAGCUCAAAGCCAUUUUUGAUCCCUAUUUGGACUUCCUCAGCGAUUUCUACCCUGGAGAAGUGGUCACAGUGGCUGUUAUCAUCCUCAUGGUGUCAGCCUUCUGCUUGUGUUCCAUCCUGGUGUUUGGGAAGAAUCAACUUCACCUGCCCACCUGGAGCUACGCCUUGCUGAUCGUACUCUUCAGCCUGGCCUUUGUUGUCAGCUUGGUUCUUAUCGGGGUUCACGAGCAGCAAAAGAACAGCCAGACAUUCCAGCUGCCCCUGGUACCAUUGACUCCAGCCCUGAGCAUCCUUCUCAACAUCUACCUCAUGCUGAAACUCAACUACAUGACCUGGCUGCGCUUUUCUGUCUGGCUGAUUGUAGGCUUGCUGGUCUACUUUGGAUAUGGCAUCUGGCACAGCAAAGAAAACCUACGGGAGGGUCAGGGACACACGGUCAGUGCCCGCUACGUGGUCUUCCCCAGCAGCAGCCUACAGGAGACCGUCCAGACGGUUCAGCCCAGCGUGCAGCCAUCUCAGGGGUUGGAUGAAACAGGUGAAGAAGAAGAAGCAAAGAGAUGAUUUGAGAAGGCUAAUGAGAGGAGACUCUCCCCCGUCCCAGCCCAGCCCAGACCAACCCAGCCCAUUGCUCUGUGGAGAAAACAGCCCUCCUCCAACCCACCCAGGAAAUCUUCAAGUGUGGCCAGUUGCUCUCAGUGGAGCAGAGAGUCAUGGUUUUAAGUUAUUUGCUUGUGCUUCCUUUCCCCUUGCAAGAUGGCUGCGCAUUCUCUUCCGUUAUCUGGCUUGGAGGUAGGUUUCUAUCUGUGGUAGGUUUCUCCUCUUCUGCGGCCAAAUAUCUCUUUGACCCACUGUGUUCAUGUUACGUUCCUCUGGAGGUAAUAUGGAGGUGGAACAACUCUCUGUACCAAGGAUUUGGCCAGCCAUGGAGAAAAGAGGCCCAUUUGGGUUGUGCAGGUGUGAUCUGGAUUGCGGUUGCAGAAAUUUAUCUAUCCAUUCUGCAGCAGGCUAAACAGCUUCUUCCAGAAGAGGGCUGAAAUGCCGGCCUCAAAAUUAUGACUAGGCAAGAACCUUUUUGGAGCAAGAGGAUUCUUUUUCUGACUAACGCAAAUACAGCCGUUGGUCAGCAGCAUUGGGAUGUUUGGAUGGCACACGAAAUGGAGUUCUCAGAUACUUGGGAGCGUUUUCUCCCUUGUGCUCUUUGGGUUAUGCUUGAAUGUUUUUCAGUCAAUUUGAGUGAACAUGGCAGCUAGUGCAAGUUUAACCAUCCAUGUUACAGUCAGCAGCUACUGCAAAAUCACUAUUCCUAUCACAUUCAAAUCACACCCUGUUGGGGGAGGGGGUUAGAAAGAUGGGGGCAACUACAGCAUACUAUCAGGCCCAUCCAAGCAGAAGGAGCCUCUUCAGAUGGCGGCAUCCAACUGGAGGCCCAAUUCCCCACAACCUUCUCAUGCACAAGUCCUAUUUGAGUGAACUGGAGCUUUCCAGACUAUCAGUCAUGCAGUUCCUGCUCAUUUAAAUGAGGCCUCGGAAGAGAACUUCCUGGUGGAUUAGACCUUCAGUUACUGAGUGGGUGUAGUGUAUGCACCCUUUGACUUCUCUAUCUGAGGCACCAAAAUGUCUUGGCCUCAUUCUGCACCCAGUGAGCCUCAUUUCAGAGCCGUGUCCCACACGCACCCCAGCCUGUUCAGAUUAUCUGCCCUACUCAAAAUAGCAGUUGCAUCUCUUGCCAUUCUCCCUUGUAGCUUAAUACUUAAGAGGGAAACAGCAGUAAGUGCUGCAGUAAGCAAAGCCAGGAACUCCCAAAUCAGAGGCUAUGACAAGAAGUUGACCCCCCCCCCAUUAUUUUGUAUGUAUUUGCUUAAUUUAUACCCCAUCUUUCUCCUCAAUGGGGACCUAAAGCAGCUUACAUUAGUCUACAGUCCUCCAUGUUUAUCCUCACAACAACCCUGGGCAGAGGCAAGGGCGAAAAGCAGCUGGUGCACUGGUGCGUCAUCCACCCCGCCCCCGGAACGCCCUCACCAUGCCCCCAGAGGGGCAUGCACCCGGUGCAUCACACCCCCCUCCUCUUGGAGCUACACCUCUGACUUUGGGAGGUAGAUUUGACUGAAUGUGACUGGCCCAAGGUCUCCCAGCAAGCUUCUCUGGCAGUGGGGAUUUGAAUUUGGGUCUCCUAGACUCUCAAUUCUACACUACCCAGGCACACAACCCUUCCUGGCCCAAGAAAGUUUAUUCCCACAGCCUCCCCCUUACUUGUAGUCAUUUUUUACCAGCCAAAAAUGGUCCUCCUCAGCAGUUAGAAGCUGGCGGGGUUUACAGUUGGUUCCAGGCUUCGUAUAAUUAAGGCUCACUUUUUUUCCUGAAUUAAAUUUUGAAAAAAAAAAUUUUACAUGUCAAAACAGUUUACUGUUAGCAUAUGUAAGAGCUGCCUUCCUUCAAAGGAGCUUGCCCCGAUGUCUAUGUGUGAAUUCUGGACUGGUCAUUAUGCUGCAUUGUUGGGAUGGAAUUUAGUGACAAUAGGCCAACAGUGAGGAGUCAGGGGCAAACAGCAUAGCAUAGAGCAGGGUCUGCAACCUGCGGCUCUCCAGAUGUUCAUGGACUACAAAUCCCAUCAGCUGCUGCCAGCAGGGGCUGAUGGGAUUUGUAGUCCAUGAACAUCUGGAGAACCAUAGGUUGCAGACCCCUGGCAUAGAGUGCGGCAGGAGGGUGCCUCAUUUUGGGGAGAGGUCAGAGAAGCCUUUCUUUUUUUUAAAAAAAAAGGUGUAUUCCUUCAGACCCACAGUUUGGGCUUCACUGAGAUUACAGCCUUCCAAUGAAAUAGAAAACAUCAGAGAUGUCUUUUUUAAAAAAGGCUUUAUACUGCCAUCUACCAGGUAACACAAGGGGGUCAGUAUUCUGAAGCAGCACAGGUCACGGCACCCAAUUCUUCUCAAGCACAGCUCAGGCAUUCCAAGAUGGCCUCCCUGCCCUUACGUGCCUUUGUGACCACUUCUGUUCUCCUGCCCUUACUGCCAGAUGAAGCUUUGCUAGAGGCUGCACAUUCACCCUAUUUACAAAAAAUAGAGCACAACCAUUCCCCGCACAUGCACACACAGCCCGUGUGACGUCUUAAAACACAAGCUGUUGUCAAAGAACUUGCAUGAGUUGUACUUUUGUGUAGACAAAAAACACAUUUGUUUAUGUAUAGCUAUUAAGCAAGUUCAGUGGUUAGAACCAACCAGCUUGUUGUAUACCUCCCUCAGAAGAGCUCAGUGUGUGGUAUGUGGUUCUUCCUGCCUCCAUUUUAUCCUCACAACAAACCUGUGAGGGGUUUGGCUGAAGGAGCCUGGAUGGCUGGCCGAAGUGGCCAAGCAAGCUUCAUGAUUGAGCAGAGUUUUAAACUGCAGCCUCCUUAGUUCUAGCCUGACAGUAUGUCACACCGGUUCUUCUGUCAGUUCCCCUGUCCCCCUGUUGCUUUCCCCUUGGGCAUAUGCACCUUCUUAGUGUGAUAAGAUGACCAAACAAACAGCUUAAAGGGAAGGGGAAAUGGCAGUUUAGGGACAGCUGGUUGGAGGAAAGGUCAAGGGGUCUCCUGUGGAAUUACUGAAGACAUCUGGGUUUCCCAGGCAGUGCUUUUGGAGAAAUCCGGAAGCCACCUCCUAGGUCUAUGCUUAUUUUCCCCUUACACAAGCAUAGAUGCAGUGUGGCUACUCCAGCCUGGUUUUCAGACCUCAUGCAAAAGAGAAUGUAUCAUUUGCUGGUCUGUCUGAUGUGCAGCUGUUGUCUGUGGACUCCAGAAGAGCUGCCCAGUUCGCGCACGCUGUUUCAUUCCGUUCAGCUUUAUGCUUGCUCCCAUCUGCCACUGUAAGCCAAGCAGGCAGGGCAGUGCUAUCAUCAGUGUUUCCCUGCCUGGCUACCACUCUGCUCUGUGCAAUGGCUUGUUGCAACUAAGAUGAUAAAGAUUUGUCCUUCCUUGA